AUGUUUACAGCCCUGGACAGUCUGAGGCUUACUACUUACUGGAAACAGUCUGAGGGGGCCGGAUACGAUGACGCCACGUCUAGCCAGGAGAAGGAGGAUGAUGCAGUUGCUCCAGGAGGAUACUACAAGUACGUCUGGGACAUCAACCCUAAUGAUGGUCCGACCGUGGGAGACCCAGAAUGCCUCACCUACUCCUACUCCUCCCAGGUGGACACUGUACAAGACUUCAACUCUGGGCUCAUCGGGGCUCUGCUCAUCUGCAAAUCAACUGCAUUUACAGAUAAUGGAGUUCGGAAAAGCAGAGAGUUUAUUCUGCUCUUUGCUGUUUUUGAUGAGAGUAAGAGCUGGUACGGAGAGGUGGGGAUUCCGGAAAGAUUUAAGAAGGCCAGUGCAAGAAAACUGUACCACACUAUCAAUGGAUACGUCAACUCAACUUUACCAGGUCUGACGAUGUGCCAGGGACGAGAUCAUGUGUUCUGGCAUCUCAUUGGAAUGGAAACGUCUCCAGAGAUCCACUCUAUACAGUUCCAGGAUCACACUCUGCAGGUGAUGGCCCACCGUAAGGUUACUGUGGAGAUGACCCCUAUGACCUUCACCACAGCGGAGCUGAAGCCCAGCACUCAGGGGAAGUUCCUCAUCAGCUGUCAGAUCCAACCAAACAGCCACGUGGGCAUGAGUGCAGUCUUUGAGGUGGAGGACUGCCCAGAGCCUGUGACGGUGCCCGGUCCUGAUGUGCGUCGGGUCCAGCAGUCUGAGAAUGAGGAGGACUAUGAAUAUGGAGAUGACAUGUUUGAGUUAUUUGUGUUUAAGCCUGUGAAAAGUCGGGCUGUGGGGCGCUCUCGAGGGGGGAAGAACAAAGUCUGGGUCCAUUACAUUGCUGCUGAGGAGAUCAGUUGGGAUUACGCACCCCACCUCAGCCAGGGAGACAGUCAACUGUUAUCGGAAUACUUUCCCAGGGGCCCUCAUCAGCUGGGUCAUGAAUAUAAGAAGGUGGUGUAUGUAGAAUACACUGACCAGACCUUCACCAAGAGGAAAUCACCUGUUAAAAGACUGCUGGGACCACUGCUCAGAGGACAGGUGGACGAACACUUCCAGAUAGUGUUCAAGAACCUGGCAAGUCGUCCGUUCAACAUGUAUCCAAACGGCCUCACCAGGAUUUCUCCACUGAGGAAAACAGAGAACGAGGGUGAAAAGGACCUACGCUCCCUGGCUGUACCCCCCAAUGGGACAUAUGGGUAUGUGUGGAAACUAACAGCAGAGGAUGGGCCCCUGGAGGGAGACCCCCAGUGUCUGACCCGUCUGUACCAGAGUACCAUCAACCCUGAGAGAGAUCUGGCCACUGGCCUCAUAGGACCCCUCCUCAUCUGCAAGAAGGACUCCAUGGACACCAGGGGGCGGCUGGUGGGCCCAGAUAAAGUGAAGCAGUUGAUGUUCGCUGUGUUUGAUGAAAACAAGAGUUGGUACAUCAAUGACAACAUUCAGAAGUACAGCAAAGACCCCUCCAUGGUCAACCCUACAGACCCUGACUUCUACAACUCCAAUGUCAUCUACAACGUGAACGGGAUUAUGUUCAACGAGCAGAGGGUCCAGGUGUGUAAGGAUGACGUGACCUUCUGGCACCUGUCCAACGUGGGGACGCAGAGCGACUUCUUGUCCGUCUACUUCACAGGAAACCCCUUCAUGAAGGACAACGUGUACGAGUCCGUCCUCACACUCUUCCCAAUGUCCGGGGAGACCGUUACCAUGGAGUCUCAGCUAAUCGGUGAGUGGGAGAUCAGUGCGUUCGACAGCCGCCUGAAAAGCCGUGGCAUGAGCGCCCGCUACUCCGUCCUGUCUUGUAACAUUGAACUGCUGGUGGACAAUGAGGAUGUAGAGUAUGGCCUGGAGGACGUCCUGCCUGACUACGUAGACCACUUCUUCAAACCCAGAUCCCUCCACCCCCAGCCACAGAACAGGACCGUAGCUAUUAGAGUCUGCAGGAAGCAACCUGGCUUAAACCAGAACACAACAACACCGCAAACAGGAAAUGACACAGAUAACGAUGUCGCCAUCGGAGAAUCAGGGGACCACGGGUCUGAUAACAAUGUCACAUUUAAGGCAGGGGACCAGAAGUCAAUCUGUGAGGUCAGGUAUGUGACGGUGUCGUCUGCUGAUGAGGAGGCCAACCUGCUUUCCCAGGGAGGGAUCCCCACAGAUGUUCUGGAGCAACUGGAGAAGGACGGGGAGUGGAAGGCUUCAGAGAACCAGGAGGGAGGGGACCUGGGUGGGGAGCAGGGGGGGAACGGGAGACAGAGACGCCAGGCCGGGUUGGAGGGUGGAGAGAAUGGAGAGCGCAACAAGCUGGUGGAGAAUUGUGAGGAGGAGGUGCUGAAGGAGUGGAAGGGUCAGGUGUAUGGGGAGGCACUAGAGCAGGAGCAGAGAGAGGAGCAGAAGGUGGAGGUGUUGGAUCAGCAGGAGGAGCAGGAGGCGCAGGGUGAGGGGUUCUUAAGGGUGCAGGAGCAGAGGGAGAGGCAAAAGGGGGAGCUGGAUCGAGAUUCACAUCCCCUAACCACCAAUCAUGCAGAUAAGGACCCUCUACUCUUGGAGUUAGACGGAUGGAUGGAUCUAGACCCCCUGAACAAAACUUUGGAAGCUCUCCCGGAUCAGCUGAAAGUGCAGCAGCAGAGGGAGGAGCAGAAGGUGGAGGUGUUGGAUCAGCUGAAGGUAGAGGAGCAGAAACCUGGGGAUGUGCAUCCCCUAAGCAACAACACUCACACAGAGCUGGACACACCUCUACUGGAUUUGUUGGAUCUAAACUUCUCCAAUGUCUCUAAUGACAACGAGACGGCUCCCAGGAACGCAGUGUCUCUGGAGUAUGAUGACUAUAGUGAGGAAGACACUGGGACAGCCUACAUAGGGACAGAGGACAACCUGGACCUGAGGACCACAGAUGGACAAUACCGCAGCUACUACAUCGCUGCACAGGAGAUCACAUGGGACUAUGGGAUCAGGAAACCACAUCAGCUCAUAAAAACAAGAGAGAGGCGUAGGGGAAUGAGGAAGUUCCUGGCGGAAUAUAAGAAGGUGGUGUUCAGGGCCUACAGUGAUAGAGACUUCCAGAUCCCCGUCACCAGAGGAGAGCUGCAGGAACAUCUGGGACUCAUGGGCCCUAUCAUUAAAGCUGAGGUCAACGACCUCCUUACCGUCACCUUCAAGAACAUGGCCUCCAGGCCGUACUCCCUGCACCUUCAUGGGGUGUAUGAUAAGAGCCAGGGUGAUGGUCAGUCCUCCGGGGCUGGGGUGGCGGGGGUCCCUGGGGAGGCGGUCCAGCCUGGAGAGGUCAGGGUCUACACCUGGAGGAUCACCAGGAAGCAGGGGCCCACCGCUGCAGAGUUUGACUGUAAGGCCGGGGCCUACUACUCUACACAGAAUAAGGAGAAGGACCUCCACUCUGGUCUGAUUGGCCCCUUAGUAAUCUGUAAACCAGGCACCCUCCACCCCCAACUGAACCUACAGCCCAACCUACAGGAGUAUGCCCUCCUCUUCCACACCUUCGACGAGACCAAGAGCUGGUACCUGGACGAGAACAUCCGUCGGUACUGCACCCCACCCUGCCAGGCCCAGAAAGAUGACCCCUGGUUUCAGCUCAGCAACAAGUUUGCAGCCAUAAACGGCUACGUGGCAGAGACACUUCCUGGUCUGACUGUAGCCCAGCACCAGCAAGUCAGGUGGCACCUGCUGAACGUCGGGGGCGACGGGGAGUAUCACACCGCCCACUUCCACGGUCUGCCCUUCAGCAUUCACAAGGAGCAGGAGCAUCGCAUGGGGGUGUACAACCUCUAUCCUGGUGUGUUUGGAACAGUGGAGAUGAGGCCGGCCACGGUGGGGACCUGGAUGGUGGAGUGUACAGUAGGAGAGCACCAGCUGGCCGGCAUGAGGGCUAAACUACUGGUCUACAACCCACGAUGCAUCCAGCCUCUGGGGUUGAGGUCAGGAAGAAUAGACGAUUCCCAGAUCACUGCAUCAGACCACAUAGGUAACUGGGAGGCCAGGCUGGCGAGGUUGGAGCUAUCUGGUUCUGUCAAUGCCUGGAUGGGCGCGGAUCAGAAAUCAUGGAUCCAGGUGGACCUCCACAGACCCACACUGAUCCAUGGGAUCCAGACCCAGGGUGCAAGAGCCUCUCUGGGCCUGAAGGACUACUUCAUCAUGUACUUCACCCUCUCCUACAGCCUAGACCAGGAGACCUGGGCUAACUACAGGGGGAACAGCACCACGCCAACUUACAUAUUUAACGGUAAUCUGGAUGGCUCCAAGGUGAAGGAGAACCAUCUGUCUCCCCCCAUCCUGGGGCGCUACAUCCGACUGCAGCCUGUCACCAUCCAGAGGAACCCUGCUCUUCGCAUGGAGCUGCUGGGCUGUGACGUCAACAGCUGCUCCUUCCCCCUGGGUCUCCAGAGGAGGUUGGUUCCAGACAGCAGCUUCAGAGCCUCCUCCUUCCUGCAGACUUGGAGGCUCUCCUGGGGCCCCGCCCUCGCACGCCUCCGCCAGGAUGGCAGCGCCAAUGCAUGGCGCCCCAAGGCCAAUAACCCCCAUGAGUGGCUGCAGGUGGACUUCCUGGUUAUGAAACGCAUCACAGGGGUCGUCACUCAGGGGGCGUGGUCUAUUCUGACUCAGAUGAUGGUGACAGAGUUCUCUGUAACCAUUAGCGACAACGGCCACUCCUGGUCCAACGUGGUUGACGAGGGAACACAAAGAGAGAAGAUGUUCUUGGGGAACAGUGAGCCAGAUGAGGAGAUGCUGAACCUCUUUGAUCCUCCUCUGUUUGCCCGCUUCAUACGGAUCAACCCCAGAGGCUGGGUCAACGACAUAGCCCUGCGCCUGGAGUUCAUGGGCUGUGACACCCAGCAGCGACACUGAGAGACAGGGCAGGGGGCCCCACUGUGCAGCUCCACACUCAGGCCCACCUCAUCUUUGUCUCUUCUAUUUAAUGAGCAUAGCAGUGACGUGAUGAUCAUGAAAUAGUCAUGUCAUUGAUGGAUGAACAGAGUGAGUGAAGUUUAAAAGGUUUGUUUAGCUCGGAUCAGAGUCAUAAAUGAUAUGCUGUUGUAGGAAGUGUCUAUUGAUGAGCUUCAACUGAGAAUAGCUCUUAGGUCUGGUCCCUCCACUAUCAACAGUAUAACACAUUACGUCAGUUUAUGAAGACUGAGCCUCAGACGGUUUGUCUCAUGUACAAUAUAUACUACUACAAACACUAUGACUUCAGACAUUCCGGAUGUGAUCCAAUACAUGUCAAUAGUACAGUAUAACAAUUAUUUCUGUCUAGAUGUUUACUGACUACAGUAAUCUGUACAGUACUGUAUGUAUAUGCAAUGUAUCAUAUGCACUGAGGGGAGAGGGAUAGAGUUUAUAUUGUUAAAUAAAAUUGGAAUUAUAUCAAG